GUCCGGCAGCACGCUAAAGAUGACCCGUGCUAACGUUCCUCGCUUCUUCCUGGUGCAGUUUCUCGGACUCUGGAGUUUGCAGCUACUGGAGCCUUCCGGCCUCUGUACCACGUUCCCACCAUCUGCUGUCAGGCCAUGGCCGGACGCGACGCCUCUGCUGCCCGAGCAUCAUGCGGUGGGACUAUUCUGGUCCUCAAAUCAACCUGUCUUCGGAGCAUCCCGGUCUGCGCACUUCGUGCCCGGCCGUCGACCGUAUCAACAAGCAUCGUGGCUUUCAGUCGGCCACUUGAACACCGGAACCACCCCUGCACAUUCCACGCAUGCGUGGGAUUUGGUUAAAAAGCAAGCUCGGAGCAACACGCCUUUCAGUGGGUCCGGCAGCACGCUAACGAUGACCCGUGCUAACGUUCCUCGCUUCUUCCUGGUGCAGGUAAUGAACUCUUAUUGCCUUUACGCAAAACCAACUAGUCACCGAGCACUCCUGGUGCUGCCGGGCCCACGGCGUUUUUGUUCCAUUGAAUCACUCGACAGCGGUUCAGUUCCACAUGACUGGCAGGUGGGCAAGGUCAUCCCAGUCUUCAAGAAAGGAAGCCGAGCAUCGCCGAAUAACCCAUACAUCAGAAGAGCCCACCGCAUUUCCCGCAACAGUCACUGUAACGCAGUAUAUCCACCACAAGCCCAUACUGUGACCUUUCAUCAAUCGUUUUUCCUGCGCACAGCCCAAGACUGGAAUGACCUGCCCACCGAAGUCGCCACCAUCAUCGACACCCAAGCAUUUAAACGGCUCAUCGAAACUAUCCCAUCAUAACUACCAUUAUAUUGUUAGCCUUUGUAAUACCCACUCCCUCAUGUAAUAUCCCAACCGGGACCUUUGAGGUAAUAAAAUGAAUGAAUGAAUGAAUGAA